AUGGCGUUGUUUCAACUUUACACGCGGUACAAUAGAGUGUGGAUUCCAGAUGCUGAACAUGUUUGGAAAUCAGCAGAAAUUGUGAGAGAUUUCCAUUUUGGAGAUCAUAUUUUACACCUGCUUCUCGAGGAUGGCACCGAACUCAAGUACCCCGUUGACUCAUCACCACCAGAACUCCCGCCUCUCCGCAACCCGGACAUCUUGGUUGGGGAGAACGACCUCACCGCUCUCAGCUACCUCCACGAACCAGCUGUCCUGCACAACCUCAAAUUGCGCUUCUUGGAAUCCAGAAUCAUCUACACCUACUGUGGCAUCAUCCUGGUGGCUCUGAACCCUUACAAGCAGCUUCAUGUCUAUGGAGAUGCAAUCAUUCAUGCGUACUCGGGUCAGAACAUGGGUGACAUGGACCCUCAUAUAUUUGCGGUGGCGGAGGAGGCUUACAAACAGAUGGCUAGGGACCACAAAAAUCAAUCUAUUAUCAUCAGUGGAGAGUCAGGAGCUGGUAAAACGGUUUCUGCUCGAUACGCUAUGAGGUACUUUGCUGUUGUCAGCAAAUCUGGUAGCAAGACCCAAAUUGAAGACAAAGUUCUGGCAUCCAAUCCCAUAACAGAGGCCAUCGGGAACGCAAAGACGAUCAGGAACGAUAACAGCAGCCGUUUCGGGAAAUUCACCGAGAUAAGUUUUGACAACAGGUAUCGAAUUAUUGGCGCAAACAUGAGGACUUACCUGUUGGAGAAAUCAAGAGUUGUUUUCCAGGCUGAAUCGGAGCGGAACUAUCACAUAUUUUACCAAAUAUGUGCCUGCGCACAUCUGCCGCAGUUUAAAGAACUCAAACUCAGGAGUGCAGAUGAGUUUCACUACACGGGCAUGGGUGGCAAUAUCAUUAUUGAAGGUGUGGAUGACAGGAAAGGCAUGGAGGAGACGCAACAGACUUUCUCACUCCUGGGAUUGAAGGAGGACUUUCAGUCUGAUGUCUUCAAGGUUCUUGCAGCAAUUCUCCAUCUGGGAAAUGUGGAAAUCAAGAGCUCUGGGGAUGAUAGAUCAUCCAUUUCUAACGGCGAUUCACAUUUGAAAAUCUUCUGUGAGUUACUGGGCGUCCGCGCGGACAACCUGAUGCAAUGGCUGUGUAAUCGGAGGCUGGUUCUGGCAUCUGAAACGGUGGUGAAACCACUGCCAAAAGAUCGCGCGGUUACUUCCCGAGACGCCCUCGCCAAGCGGAUCUACGCUCAUUUGUUUGACUGCAUCAUUAACAGGAUCAACAAAGCACUGCAGGUUCCGGGGAAGCAACAUGCUUUCAUUGGAGUUUUAGACAUUUAUGGGUUUGAGACAUUUGACAUCAACAGUUUUGAGCAGUUUUGUAUCAACUACGCCAAUGAAAAGCUUCAGCAGCAGUUUAAUUUGCAUGUUUUCAAACUGGAACAAGAGGAGUACAUGAAAGAAGACAUCCCAUGGACGUUAAUAGAUUUCUAUGACAACCAGCCAGUCAUUGACUUGAUUGAAGCCAAAAUGGGAAUCCUGGACUUGCUUGAUGAAGAAUGUUUGUUUCCUCAAGGCUCCGAUCAAAGCUGGCUCCAAAAACUGUACAACUACCUGGACAGCAAUCCUUUGUUUGAGAGACCCAAGCUAUCCAAUGAGAUGUUUGUCAUUCAGCACUUUGCGGACAAGGUGGAGUAUCAGUGCAAAGGUUUUCUUGAGAAGAAUCGAGAUGCUCUUUAUGAAGAACUGAUUGAAGUUCUAAGAGUCAGUAAGUUUGCCUUUCUGGCCAAAUUCUUCCAAGAGGAGGGCCAAAGUGGUCUUAACAUAAAAGGUAUCAGGGUGAUGCCGGCCAGGCCCAGUGUAAUGUCGGCCAAUAAACAGCUGAGGACCUCAGUUGGGAAAAAGUUCCACAGUUCCCUUGCUUUGCUGAUGGACACUCUGAAUGCUACGACUCCUCACUAUGUGCGCUGCAUUAAGCCCAAUGAUGAAAAGCUGCCAUUUGAAUACGAUUCUGGACGGGUGGUGCAACAGCUGCGAGCCUGCGGAGUGCUUGAAACUAUUCGUAUUAGCGCCCAAAGUUACCCAUCGAGGUGGACCUACUUUGAGUUUUACAACCGAUACAGUGUUUUAAUGACCAAUGUGGAGGCGGGCAUCAAUGACAAGACACAGACAUGCAAAUCUUUGCUUCAAAGGUUGAUUCAGGACUCUAACCAAUACAAGUUCGGUCGCACCAAGAUCUUCCUUCGAGCAGGUCAGGUAGCUUAUUUAGAGAAGUUACGUCUGGACCAACUACGAGGGGCUUGCAUUACCAUCCAGAAAUACGUCCGUGGGUGGAUCCAGAGAAGGAAGUACCUCCGCUUGAGACGGGCUGCCAUCCUGAUACAACACUACAUCCGUGGCAAGAGGACCGUACGCAAAGCAGUCAGUGCAACAAACCUGAAGCAAGGCUGGUCGGCAGUGGUGAUCCAGAGGUACUGGAGAGGCUUCCGCAUAAUGAAGGCCUACCAAACGGUACGCUUGGCCAUCAUCACCAUCCAAGCUUUUACACGAGGUUGGCUGGCCCGUAAAUCCUAUGCCAAGCUGGUAGAAGCUCGCAAGGCCUUGGUCCUGCAAAAGUAUGCCAGAGCGUGGUUGGCUCGGCGUCGUUUUAACGCCAUUCGUCGACUGGUGCAUCAAGUUCAGCUCUCCUUCAGGGUGGAGCAGCUCCGAAAGAAGAAUGAGGAGCAGAGUAAAGAGAACCGCGGCUUGGUGGAAAGACUGACAAGCUUGGCCAGCUCUCAUUCUCAGGCCAUGGAGAAGCUUCAAGCUAUGGAAAUACAGCUGGGAAAAUCAGCCAACCAGAAGGCAUCCUUGGCAGCAAGAGAGAAGAAAGCUCAACAAGAUGCUUCUCUGAAAAUGACUGCGCUUCAAAGUGAAGUUGACGGGUUAAUCAUUGAGAAACAAGCCAGAGAAACAAUGUUUGAAGCCUCCACCAAGGAGCAGAAAGAAAAGUUUGAUCAAAUUAAAAUUAAUCUUCUGGAGGAGAAGGAAACUCAAGCAAGGCUCCGAAAGAUGGCUGAGAACAACCUUGAAAUGCAGAGACGGGACCACGAGAAGGAGCUGGGAGUCCUGAGAGAGGAAAUCAGGAAGUUGAAGGACGAGAGAGCUGCUCUUCAAAUGAAGAUGGAGGACGGCGACCAAAUGACUAUUGACCUGCAAGAUCAGGUGGCUCAGCUCACCAAACAUGUCAAAGUCAUUCCUGAGCUCCGCAAGGACAUCGCCAACCUACAGAGUCAAAAGAAUAACUCAGACCGAAAAAUGAAGCAACAAUCGGAAGAAGCAAGAGCUAAACUGCGUGAAAUUUCAAGACUACUUGCUGGAAGCAUUGUGGAAGAAGACGUGCUUUCGGGGCUAACUGAAGAUUAUUCUGAGAAAGCAUAUGAAGCUGAAGACCUCCUGGCAGCAUUUAGUGGUUUAGAGAAAGUGACCAGAACAUUGGAGAACCAUCGUAAAGAGCAGAAGGAAAGCUAUGACUCUCAAAUAGAAGGCUUGAAACUGAAAGUGGAUUACCUUCAAAAUGAGUACAGCAGCUUGCAAACACUUUUUACCGAGAAAAAUAACAUAAAUGAGAAUAUUCGCCAGGAGGUGUCCCGACUGAGCCGUGAGAACUCGGUUAUACCAGAGCUGAAAGUUCAGAUUUCAGAGCUUCUAAAACAAAAAAAUGAGCAUGAGAUCCUCAUAGAAAACCUGAGAAAGGAGUUGGAGGAAAAAGCCGACGAGAUGAAAAAUACCUUUGAAAAAAGGAUUGAAGAAGAGAGUUCAAAACGAAGGCACUUAGAGGAACAAGCAGAGGUGCUGGAUGAAGUGAAACUCGACCUUCAAGGUCAAAUAAAAGACUUAGAAGAGGAGAAAGAUCUUUUGAGCAGACAACUACAGAUGGAGAGAGAUGCCAAGAUUCGACUCAGACUCGAAGCCACGCAGUUAUCGUCAAAAAAUUUGGACUUGCAGGAGCAGCUUGACGACAAUGAAAGAAUCAUUAAACAAUUACAGAAUCAAAUGAUAAGCCUUGAAACAGCACAAAAAGCCCAGAAAAUGAUGUCACCUCUUCCAAAGCAUUAUCUUGGAAUGUUGGAGUACAACAGAGAGGAUGAAUCCCGACUCAUUAAAAAUCUGAUUUUAGACCUUAAGCCCAAAGGUGUGGCAGUCAACAUGAUACCAGUUCUGCCAGCUUAUAUUCUCUUCAUGUGUGUACGGCAUGUCGACUACCUCAGCGACGAAGAUAAACUUCGGUCUUUGAUGAACGGCAUUAUUACCGCUGUGAAAAAGAUCACCACAAAUCACCCAAACGACUUGGCCUUGUUGUCUUUCUGGCUGUCAAACAUGUACCAGCUUCUCAACUGUCUCAAGCAGUACAGCGGCGAGGAGGAAUUUAGGAAACAAAGCACUGCCCGUCAGGUGAACAACUGCUUGCAGAACUUUGAUUUGUCAGAUCACCAGCAGGUCGUCAGCGACUUGGCCAUUUGCAUCUAUCACCAGUUUAUCGCGGCCAUGGAAAGAUCGCUCACACCUGCGAUUGUACCUGGUAUGUUGGAGCAUGAGAGUUUGCAGGGAAUUUCCAGUAUGAAGCCCAGAGGCUUCAUUAAACGUUCCAGCGAUGACAAUGAAGACAUGGAGACCUAUACAAUCUCCUUCAUCACUCAGCGGCUCUCUCACUUCUACAAUAACAUGAUGCAACAUGGAACGGAGACACACCUCAUUAAACAGGUGGUCAAGCAGUUGCUCUUUCACAUCGGUGCGACCACCCUCAACAACCUACUACUCCGGAAAGACAUGUGUUCCUGCAGGAAAGGAAUGCAAAUCAGGUGUAACAUCAGCUACCUGGAGGAGUGGCUACAGGAGAAAGAGUUGCAAAAUUGUCAUCUCAUAGACACGCUCAAGCCGUUAGCUGAGGCGGCCUGGCUGCUGCAGGUCAGCAAGUCCACCGAUGACGACGCCAAGGCCAUUACCAAGAAAUGCAUCGAGCUCAACACGGUUCAGAUUGUCAAGAUUCUAAAUUCAUACACACCCAUCGACGGUUUUGAGAAGAGGGUGGCGUCGUCGUUUGUGCGUAAAGUUCAGUCACUUCGACAAGAUCAUGACGGCUCGGCGCAGCUGAUGAUUGACCCCCAUUAUCGUUUCCCAGUUACGUUUCCUUUUUAUGCUUCCUCACAGGCUCUGGAGCUGUUGCAGAUUCCCAAUAGCCUUCACCUGGAAUUUCUUACCAUGAUCUGA